GAAGACGGGAAGUGGCUCCUUGCCUUUUAUGUACUUGGGUGUGUUGCUAUGUAAUUAUCAGUUGGUUAGUGAACAUAUUUAUUUGUGAGUUAUUAGGUUAUGAAAUUCCAGAGGUUGAAGUUCUUCCUUGGAAAAUAACACAGAACAACCACACUAUCACUUUGGAUUUCUGCAGUCACGUAGCAGUCGGGCAGUGUUCCGUGUGCCCUGCACGGGGGCAUCUCCCCAUGGCUUGCUUAGAUGGUUUUUAUCUGUAUUUAGUGAAAGUUGGUUUCCACUUACCUUCAACAUAAAUGAAUGAAGCCAGGACUGUGUCACUUCUGCCCCCUUUCUAGGUCCUCCCAUUCUCGCCUUCGCCAUUUUCAUGCUGUUCCUUCUUACCCAGUCCGGUUGGACUGAAUUCAUAAAAUAUGCCUACGAUGUAACACAAUUUUUCACUAAGUAUUGAAAACACAAAUUUUGCUAUUGACAGAAAUGAAUCACGUUAAACAUAGAAAAUGGAGACAUUUUCAAUUUCUGGAUAAUCCCAAUAUCCAGAGAUCACAGUGGGGUUUUUUUUUUUUUUUAAGAUACAAAUUUGGUGUAUUCUCCCCAUUCUUUUGUAAAGAAUUACACUUUCUCAGUAGGAGAGCACAAAAAACCCUGAAAGUCCUUUAAUACGUGGUGGUGCUCCGCCUCACAGGAGGCCUUCACCCUUUGUAAGCUCCUGUCAGCUCGGCAUGUUCCUGUUGCACCAGCACCUUGUCCCAUUUUUCUUCUCUAAAGUGAAUUCAAACUGUGGAAAUGAUAUUUCAGUGUAUCUCAAAUCGUGUUUCUUUUGAAAACACAUUUUCGUAGACUGGGUCAUUUUUGAAAUUUGUUUUCCAGUCUUUGCUUUGCUUGGAUUUGAGUUAUUAAAAUAAAAAUUCAGUGUGUAUAUAGAACUUUAAUCUUUUUUUUACUGUUGGAACCCUAGCCUUCCUAGUAAUCUACUCCCAACUUCAUCUACCUCUAUUUUUUUCUUCAUUGAUAAGUCUUUUACAAUCUCUUUUAAUUCUCUUUAUGCAUUGUGCUUCAUUCUUCUGAAUCCAGUUGCUUUGGGUGGUUGAGAACCCAGCAGGCAGAGGGCAGGGAAUAGCUGUUUUCAACUUUGUUUCCCUAUUUUUAUCUUUAGCCACUAUUCUGCAACUUGUUUUAUAACUAAGUCUAGACAGUAUGUCUACACGUCUGUAGGCAUCUGUAUUUUAUCCAUGCAUGGGUAUGUACAUAAUAUGUCUGUAUGUAUAUGCACUUACAAAUAUUCACAUACACACUAUAUACAGGCAAAUACUAUCCAUCAUAUCUGUAUGGUGUGUAUAGGGAGUUAAUUAACUCAGAUGAGUAUAUGUUUCAGGAGAUGAUUCACAUAUUUAUGUUUUCCUUCUGUCUCCCAUGGAUAUAACAGGACUGAAUGGAACAGAAAAGUCCAGUACUGCACCUCCAGAUGGCCCCUUACCUGCUCACACCACUGCAUCCUCACCCACAAGCACCUCAGAAAGAGGAAAUGACUCCUCAGAGACCACGUCUCCUCUUACCCCAGACAUUACUUCCACUGAAGUGCCCCUGAGCUCUUUGGAAAACGCUAGUAUUGCUGAUGUGACAGGUGUUCCGGAAGAGAGGACUCCAUCCAGCACCUUGCUCACAGACACAACUUCCACACCGGUAGCCCCCCUCAGCCCUGCACACACCAGCUCUGCUGCUUCACCUUCACGCACCCCCAGCACCCCCAGCACCGCCAACUCCUCAGAUCUGAGCCUUCCCACCCCUGCAUCACCCACUCUGAGCCUUGCAGCCGGCACUCUCCUCACAGACACCCCCACAACAAUAGCUCCUACUACACCUAAGCAAUCGUGUGCUGACAAAUUCACAGAAAUCUCUGUGGACUAUGAGUAUAACUAUGAAGAUAAGUCCUAUAGAGCCAGACUAAAUGCCAAGGGCGACGUGAACUGCACAAACGCCGCAUGUGUGAAGAAUGUGCUCCACAACCUGACAGAAUGCGAACAUAAGCACAUUACUAUAUACAGCAACUUAUGUGCUGAACCAUACAAGAAUGUGAUGUUGGAUGUACCACCAGAUCCUAACAAAUUUCAGUUGACUAACUGUACACUGGAUGAAAAAGCAAAUACUUCUAUUUGUUUAAAGUGGGUGGAAGAGGACUUCAGUUGUAAUAGAAGUAAAAUUACAUACAAGUUUAAAUGUGGUAAUACGAGCCCUAAUUUCUCUGAGAACGGAAAGGCUGAAUUUGGAAACCUUCAUCCCAAAACUAAUUACAGUUGUGUUUCAGAAAUACUUUAUAACCACCAUAGAUUUAAUAGCCAAGAAAUAAUUAUUGAAACAGAUUUUGGAGUUCCAGGACAGCCCCAGAAUCUCAGGUGUAAUGAGAGCACUGCAGAGAGUGUGAUGAUCACCUGGGACCCCCCUAAAAACAUCACAGAUGAAGGAGUGAUGGUUACCUGGGACCCACCUUUUGAUGCAUACUGUCUUAGUUAUCAGAAUUCAUCAGGUCAAAUAGGAUGCUUCGAUGUGAAGAAAGACAAAACCACAUACAAUUUGCAGACACUGAAACCAUUUACAAAUUAUAGCGUGUCAGUACUCGCCUUCAUCAACAGGACGGUGCUCCGUAAGGGCCCUGCAGCGAUAUGUAAAUUCCAAACACAAGCGGCAGCCCCAAGCAAGGUCAAGAACAUCAUUGUUUCGAGGAUAUCUGAUAACAGUGUGCGCGUGAGGUGUACUGCUCCCCAGUUCUUAAAUGGCCCAGAGACACUCUACAAGUUGCAAGUCAAAAUUGGAGGGCGUGUGGUUGACAACAAAACAGAAAAGGAGUGCAGAUUCCUUGUGGAAAAUCUUCAGUAUUUAACAAAAUAUAGGUUUGAGGUCCUUUUUGACAAUGGGAAGUUUUCUGGGCCUCCAGAUGGUGUUUUUCAAUCAACAUCUUAUAAUUCUAAAGCACUGAUCAUAUUCCUGGUGUUUCUGAUUAUCGUGACAUCAAUAGCCCUGCUCGUUGUCCUCUAUAAAAUCUAUGACCUGCACAAGAAAAGAUCCAGCAAUUUAGAUGAACAACAGGAACUUGUUGAAAGGGAUGAUGAGAAGCAACUGAUGACUGUGGAGCCGAUCCACGCAGACAAUUUGUUGGAAACUUACAAGAGGAAAAUUGCUGAUGAAGGAAGACUUUUUCUGGCUGAAUUUCAGAGCAUUCCACGAGUGUUCAGCAAGUUUACUAUCAAGGAUGCUCGGAAGAGCUUUAACCAGAACAAGAACCGUUACAUUGACAUUCUGCCUUAUGAUUAUAACCGUGUUGAACUCUCUGAUGUGAAUGGAGAUGCAGGGUCAAACUAUAUAAAUGCCAGCUAUAUUGAUGGUUUCAAAGAACCCAGGAAAUACAUUGCUGCACAAGGUCCCAGGGAUGAAACUGUCGAUGAUUUUUGGAGGAUGAUCUGGGAACAGAAAGCCACAGUUAUUGUCAUGGUCACUCGAUGUGAAGAAGGAAACAGGAACAAGUGUGCGGAGUACUGGCCAUCGAUGGAGCAGGGUACCCGGGCUUUUGGAGACAUUAUUGUGAAGAUCACUGAGUACAAAAGAUGUCCAGAUUAUAUCAUUCAGAAGCUGAACAUCACAAACAAAAGAGAAAAGGCCACCGGAAGGGAGGUGACUCAAGUCCAGUUCACCAGCUGGCCGGACCACGGGGUGCCGGAGGACCCGCACCUGCUCCUCAAGCUGCGGAGGCGAGUGAACGCUUUCAGCAACUUCUUCAGCGGCCCCGUCGUGGUGCACUGCAGUGCUGGCGUCGGACGCACAGGCACCUACAUUGGGAUCGACGCCAUGCUCGAAGGCCUGGAGGCGGAGAACAAAGUGGACGUCUACGGCUACGUGGUCAAGCUCCGGAGACAAAGAUGCCUGAUGGUUCAGGUGGAGGCACAGUACAUCCUGAUUCAUCAGGCCUUGGUGGAAUACAAUCAGUUUGGGGAAACAGAAGUGAACUUGUCUGAAUUACAUCCAUAUCUACAAAACGUAAAGAAAAGAGAUCCGCCCAGUGAGCCAUCUCCACUAGAGGCUGAAUUCCAGAGACUUCCCUCCUAUAGGAGCUGGAGGACACAGCACAUUGGGAAUCAAGAGGAAAAUAAAAGGAAAAACAGGAAUUCUCACAUCAUUCCAUAUGACUUUAACAGAGUGCCACUCAAACAUGAGCUGGAAGUGAGCAAAGAGAGUGAGCACGCUUCCGACGAGUCUUCCGACGAAGACAGUGACUCUGAGGAGACAAGCAGAUACAUCAAUGCGUCUUUCAUAAUGAGUUACUGGAAACCCCAAGUGAUGAUUGCUGCUCAGGGGCCACUGAAGGGGACCAUCGGUGACUUCUGGCAGGUGGUAUUCCAAAGGAAAGUCGAAGUCAUUGUCAUGCUGACAGAGCUACAGAAUGGAGACCAGGAAGCCUGUGCCCAGUACUGGGGAGAAGAGAAGCAGACGUUCGGAGACAUAGAGGUGGACAUGACGGACACCAGGAAAUCUUCAGCCUACACCCUCCGGGUAUUUGAACUGAGACAUUCCAAGAGGAAAGAUCUUCGAACUGUGCACCAGUACCAAUAUCAUAACUGGAGUGGGGAAGAGCUUCCUGCAGAACCCAAAGAAUUAAUCUCCAUGAUUCAGACGCUCAAGCAAAAGCUUCCCAAGAAGAACCCCACCGAAAGGAAUAAGCAUCACAAGAGUGCCUCUCUCCUCAUCCACUGCAGAGAUGGGUCUCAGCAAACAGGAGUAUUCUGUGCUUUGCUAAAUCUCUUGGAAAGUGCAGAAACAGAAGAGGUGAUAGAUGUUUUCCAAGUAGUAAAAUCUAUACGCAAAGCUAGGCCGGGGAUGGUUCCCACAUUUGAGCAAUACCAGUUCCUAUAUGACAUCAUUGUGAGCACCUAUCCAGCCCAGAAUGGACAAGUGAAGAAAAACAAUCCAGAAGAUAAGAUUGAAUUUGAUGAUGAAUUGGACAGAGCCAAACAGGACGCUAACUGCGUCUGUCCGCCCGGAGCCCAGCAGGCCGAUGGGGGCAGCGGAGAGGGCGAAGGGCCCAAACCCACGAGUGGCCCCGAGGGGCCAGAACAUGCCGCCAAUGGCCCAGCGAGCCCAGCUCCAACUCAAAGUGCGUAGAAGACAUAGACGGGACACCUCAACACCGCGCGUUGCUGUUAUUUCUAUUUUUCUAGGAGUAGGCAGGCCCGAUAGAUCACUGGAUUAAUGAAGUGCAUUGGACCGAUAUUUGUGGGAGCUUCUAUGUUAACUACUGUAGAAAAAUAUUUAAGACAGUUCAGCUAAAAUUUUUUGUACAGUCUUAUGCUUAUUUUAAAAUUUCAUCUAUUGUUCAGUAACGUAACUUCUUUCUAGUCUGUGCAUGUGUGUGUGUGUGUGUGUGUGUAUGUGUGAGAGAGAGACAGAGAAAAGAUGCUUUCAAGUGAAUCUAAAUGCUCUUGAGAAACUUUGCCUUUUUAUUUUUUUGAUGAAAAAACACAUUUUAUACUGGAAGUAUUAACUUAGCUUAAGGGCUCUAUUUUUUAAAUCAUAAGUUGUGUGUGGCUCUAAGAACAGCAUGUGCAUUUCCUAGAAUGACCUCAAGGUGUCCUCCUUGUUCUAUUCAUAAAUAUCCUGUAGCUUUUAGGACUUCUGCAAAUAGACAUAGUGGCUGGCAUGUGUGUGUAUGGUGACCACAAAACAGUUAACUAAAUUAGCAUUUGGAAACCUUAUAUUCCAUAUGUUAGCAUUUAGUCCAGUAUCUUUUCAAGCUUAUUUAAUUUAAAAUUUUCGAGUGAGCCUAGCUUGUUACAGUCACAUGGUAUUUACAAUUUUGCAGCAUGUACCAUUCUCUGUAUAAUAUGUGAAAUUCAUUGCUUGAUACUUCUGACCAAAAAUUAUGUUUGUUAUAGUUGGACUUAAAUAAACAUCUUUAAACAAAUGCAAUAUAUAUUACUAUCUUUAGGAUAAAAAUGUGGUCAUACAAAUGUGUUUCUGCUAAAUAUUUACAUGUGGAACCUAACAGUGCUAUUUUUAUGGAAUACAACAUUGAUAUGAAAAGAAUAAUACUGUAUAUGUAUAUUUUCCAUGUUAAAUCUCACCCUUGAAUUUCUCAAAUACUUAAGACUGCUUUUACCAGAAAUUAUAUCAAUAAUCAUAAUAAAAUUCGAUCACCUUUUCUUACACAUAAUAUAUUAAAUGUGUUACAUGUUCAUAUAUGAAUUGUGUAAGCACCAAUUAAAAUAAAUGCUUAAUGCAAUUGACAUUCGUAGGAAAAUUUCACAGGUCUCAAUUUAAAAAAGAAAUCUAUAGUUUAAUAAUUGUUUAGGAUAUACAAAAAAAGAAAAACGGUUAUUUUCCAAAAAGUAUUAAGCAAACUCGUUUUGGUGAAUUCUGCAUUAGCUUAUUAAAUAUAAUAACGUUACAUGCUACCUUUUCAUUCUCUUUGUCUUUGCUCUCCUGAUCUUAAAUAACUAUACAACAUCAAAUGCUUUCCAUUAUUCAACUCAUAUUUAUCUUGUGCUCAUCCUCCUCUUUUAUUUUACACAGGAAGUUAAUAAUUAAUUCUUGAUUAUUGUGUAGCAUUUUGUCAUUAACGUAUGAAAAGGAGUGGAUUUUAGAAGGAAGCAAGAGUUUCUAAUUUACAUUAGGUUUACUUAAUAUCUGUACUUAUUAGUGAGCAAAGGGGAUUGGGAAUCAUCAAUUAUGGGCACCGGAAAGUUUGCAUAUCCUUUUCUCAUUAGUCCCUCAGGUUUUAGUGCCUGAGUCUGUCCAGUUGGAACCUGAUCAGUUGCCAUUUACUAGACACUUGUUAAAAGUUCUCAUGUUCAGGAGACUAGUGUUGUUAUGUGUCUAUUUUAUCUGUGAGCUGCUUCAAAAUACAAGCACUAAAAUUCUAAGUUAAAAAAAUUCAACAAGUAAAGUGUUUUUUCUCAGAGGUUCCAGCAGUGAGUGACAUUUCCAAAUGUGGGUGUUGUGUGUUUUAAAUGUGUAUUAUCUACUAGAGUCUAUCCUCUCAAAACAAAUACUUAGAAAAUAAAACUAUAGUAAUUUCUAUUAGUUGAAGAAGCAAGCCGAAAACAGUUUUUUCCUUCUGCAAAUGAGGAGUGGUAAAGGGAGAGACAGGGCAGUGGGGCUGGCAGCCCCAUCACUCCUGGGGAUACCUAGCAACCAGAACAUGGGGCCUGCACACUAAUGCAGGGGAUCAUAGGUCUACACCUUUUAUGUUAAAAAAGAAAAUAAUAUGGAAUUAUAGACCUAUGCCUGUGACUAUGUGUUGCGUUCCUAGGGAAUCUGCCAUGAGAUGCCAGGCAUUUAUUUCCUAGUUUGGCACUGUCAUUAGUAAUUCUAAGACCUAGUCAGAAAAAUUAUGCAAAACGUUUUAAGUAAAAACCUGGUCCAUUUUAGAGGUAAGCCUCUGGGUACCAUUGUGUAUAUAUUGGACAGAAAGAAACUAUGUUAUGUUUCUUCUGAUGUUUGUUCAUUUCUAGUACCAGAAUUCAUUGGGAAUAAAGUAUGCAUUCAGUAUUCUUCAAAUUUAGCUUCCAGUCCAUUAAUUUUUUUGCAGUGACAAAUAUUUGCACAAAUGGGAUAUAUGUUUUAAUAUUUCCUUGCAGUGAUUAGCUGAAGGUCUUUUCAGUGAUAAUCUGAAAGUGUAAGCCUCUGCUCAGAACUUGAACACAUAUACAGUGACAUUUCCCUAUCUAAACUUGCUCCUUUCCCCUAAAACAUCAAAUAUAAAGUUUAUUAUUUCUCAUAACUAAUUGAUCUUAAUUUUUAAUUUACACCAGAGAUUUGUUAUGAAGUGUUCUCAUUGCUCUGUAUUAAGUCUACAUAAGUGGGUGGUAAUUGCCCCGGCUAAUUGCAACACAUUUCUUAAUAUAAAAACCUUCAAAUGCACAACUUCAAAGGGAAAGAGUUUGUGUUGAAAUGAACAGAAAAGGCUGUGCUUUGAAUCUCAUACAAAUUCUACAACUGGAACCACCAGAAGUUUCUUCAAAGAGAUCUUUGGGCUUUUUUCUUAUUUCGGGUGAUAAAAGUUAUUCUGCUGAGGGUCCAUUUUCCAUAAUUAUUUGUUUGUAAACCUCUUUACCCUUCUCUUUACAUAUUUUUGGUUCAAUAGUAACCCAGUCACAGGCUAUGCCUCCUGUGUCAUUACUUAUAAAUCAAAAUAAUAAUAAUUUGUGUAAUAGCUUGAUGUUUACUAGGCAUAAUACAUGCCUGGCAUUUUACUGUUGUACCUGCAUCCAUGUCUCAAGAGAACUUCCACGCAGCACCUGCCCUUAGAUUCCCGGUGUGCAGAUGGCGACCUGGGGCUUGGAAGUCUGGCACCUGGCCUGUGGGAACACACCCCACGGGCGACAGAGCCAGGAUGUGAAGCCGCUCUUGUUGGAACCGUCGCUGCAUUCAUGACCUGCUCUUCUGCCUUCCUGAGUAUCAACCUGCUCCUGUGUUUUGAAAAAUCAGUAGAGAAAACAACCUGAAUUAAUUUUUGUCUUUUCUUUAUCCCACGAUUUAAACAAAA